UCCCCGCCCCUUCCCAUCAUCCCCGGGCGCUCCCAGCGUCUCGCUGUGUGUUUUAAGUUCCAGCUCAGGCCGCGGGGGUGUAGUUUGUGGCUGGGGCUCCGUUCCGUUGGUGACGCGGGCCCAGCGGGAGCGGCGCGCGCCGACCGCCCAUUCCCGGCUGUCCCACUUUCUCUUCGUCUCCUUGGCCCUCUCGUUAAGAGCCCCGCGUCUCCCUCUCAUCGUCCGCGCCAUCCUCGUCGCGCGCCCGAAGCAGGAGGCGGGCCCAGGUCUCCCGGAAAACUCGCCCGCGGGAACGCGAGGCUAACGGCCGCGACCGCUCCCAGGCCCCCUCAGACCGCGCCAUGGGUGACAGCGAUGACGAGUAUGACCGAAGGCGCAGGGACAAGUUCAGAAGAGAGCGCAGCGACUAUGACCGUUCCCGGGAAAGAGAUGAAAGACGUCGAGGGGACGAUUGGAAUGACCGAGAGUGGGACCGUGGCCGGGAGCGGCGCAGUCGGGGUGAAUAUCGGGAUUAUGACCGCAACCGGCGAGAGCGCUUCUCUCCUCCCCGCCACGAGCUCAGCCCCCCGCAGAAGCGCAUGAGGCGAGACUGGGAUGAGCACAGCUCUGACCCAUACCACAGUGGCUAUGAGAUGCCCUAUGCUGGGGGGGGUGGGGGCCCUACCUACGGCCCCCCUCAGCCCUGGGGCCACCCAGACGUCCACAUCAUGCAGCACCAUGUUCUGCCUAUCCAGGCCAGGCUGGGCAGCAUCGCAGAGAUUGACCUGGGUGUGCCACCACCGGUGAUGAAGACCUUCAAGGAGUUUCUCCUGUCAUUGGAUGACUCUGUGGAUGAGACGGAGGCUGUGAAGCGUUACAAUGACUAUAAGUUGGAUUUCCGAAGGCAGCAGAUGCAGGAUUUCUUUUUGGCUCAUAAAGAUGAGGAGUGGUUUCGGUCUAAGUACCACCCAGAUGAGGUGGGGAAGCGUCGGCAGGAGGCCCGGGGGGCCCUGCAGAACCGACUGAGGGUGUUCCUGUCCCUCAUGGAGAGUGGCUGGUUUGAUAGUCUUCUCCUGGACAUAGACAAAGCUGAUGCCAUUGUCAAGAUGCUGGAUGCAGCGGUGAUUAAGAUGGAAGGAGGGACAGAGAAUGAUCUGCGCAUCCUGGAGCAGGAGGAGGAGGAGGAGCAGGCAGGAAAGCCUGGGGAGCCCAGCAAGAAAGAAGAAGGUCGGGCCGGACCGGGCCUGGGGGACGGAGAGCGCAAGGCCAGUGAGAAGGAUGACAAGAAAGAAGACGGCAAACAGGCUGAGAACGACAGCUCCAACGAUGACAAAACUAAGAAAUCUGAGGGUGAUGGGGACAAGGAAGAGAAGAAAGACGACUCUGAGAAAGAUGCCAAAAAGAGUAGCAAGAAGCGGAACAGGAAGCACAGUGGUGACGACAGCUUUGACGAAGGCAGUGUGUCCGAGUCGGAGUCGGAGUCGGAGAGUGGCCAAGCUGAGGAAGAGAAGGAGGAGGCUGAAGAGGCACUCAAGGAGAAGGAGAAGCCCAAAGAAGAAGAAAGGGAGAAGCCUAAGGACACUCCUGGGUUGGAAUGUAAACCUCGGCCCCUCCAUAAGACUUGCUCCCUCUUCAUGCGCAACAUUGCACCCAACAUCUCGCGGGCAGAGAUCAUUUCUCUUUGUAAAAGAUACCCAGGCUUUAUGCGUGUGGCGCUGUCAGAGCCCCAGCCGGAGAGGAGGUUUUUCCGUCGUGGCUGGGUGACCUUUGACCGCAGCGUUAACAUCAAAGAGAUCUGUUGGAACCUGCAGAAUAUCCGACUCCGGGAGUGUGAGCUGAGCCCUGGUGUGAACAGAGACCUGACUCGCCGAGUCCGCAACAUCAACGGCAUUACCCAGCACAAGCAGAUAGUGCGCAACGACAUCAAGCUGGCCGCCAAGCUGAUACAUACGCUGGAUGACAGGACCCAGCUCUGGGCCUCGGAGCCUGGGACACCUCCUCUGCCAACAAGUCUGCCCUCCCAGAACCCAAUCUUGAAGAACAUCACUGACUAUCUGAUUGAGGAAGUGAGUGCGGAGGAGGAGGAGCUGCUGGGGAGCAGUGGGGGGGCUCCCCCUGAGGAGCCCCCUAAGGAAGGGAACCCGGCAGAGAUCAACGUGGAGCGGGAUGAAAAACUGAUCAAGGUUUUGGACAAACUCCUUCUCUAUUUGCGCAUUGUGCAUUCCCUGGAUUAUUACAACACUUGCGAGUACCCCAAUGAGGAUGAGAUGCCCAACCGCUGUGGCAUCAUCCAUGUUCGGGGGCCCAUGCCUCCCAACCGCAUCAGUCACGGAGAAGUGCUAGAGUGGCAGAAGACAUUUGAGGAGAAGCUGACUCCGCUGCUGAGUGUGCGGGAAUCUCUUUCUGAGGAAGAGGCUCAGAAGAUGGGGCGCAAAGACCCCGAGCAGGAAGUGGAGAAGUUUGUCACCUCUAACACCCAGGAACUGGGCAAGGAUAAGUGGCUAUGCCCUCUCAGUGGCAAGAAAUUCAAGGGCCCUGAGUUUGUACGCAAACAUAUCUUCAACAAGCAUGCAGAGAAGAUUGAGGAAGUGAAGAAGGAGGUUGCAUUUUUUAACAACUUUCUCACUGAUGCCAAGCGCCCGGCUCUGCCGGAGAUCAAGCCGGCUCAGCCACCUGGCCCUGCCCAGAUACUCCCCCCAGGCCUGACGCCGGGACUCCCCUACCCACACCAGACUCCCCAGGGCCUGAUGCCCUAUGGUCAGCCCCGGCCCCCCAUCUUGGGCUAUGGAGCUGGUGCUGUCCGCCCUGCGGUCCCCACGGGAGGGCCUCCAUACCCUCACGCCCCCUAUGGUGCUGGCCGAGGGAACUAUGAUGCCUUCCGAGGCCAAGGAGGUUAUCCCGGAAAGCCUCGGAACAGGAUGGUCCGAGGAGACCCACGGGCCAUUGUGGAAUACCGUGACCUGGACGCUCCAGAUGAUGUGGACUUCUUCUGAGCCCUCUACUGCUCACUCCUGGCCUCGUCUAGAAUUGUGAAUGCCUGGUCCUAUCCAGCUGAUAAUUUUUUUUGUACGUUCAGCCCUACUGCCAAUAAAAGCACUUCCAUAGUGA